CCCGGCAGUCGGCUCAACGUGGCGGUGCUGCUGAGCGGCGGAGUGGAUAGCAGCCUGGCGCUGAGGUUGCUGCGGGCCGCCGGCCACACCUGCCACGCCUUCUACCUGCAGAUCUGGUUUCAGGAGGACUUCCGGAACUUCUGGGGCGCCUGCCCCUGGGAGGAGGACCUGCAAUACGCGCGCCAGGUGUGCGAGUCCCUGGGGGUGCCUCUGGAGGUGGUGCCCCUCACCACCGAGUACUGGGACCGGGUCGUGUCUGGCAGCGUGGAGGAGAUCCGCGCCGGCCGCACACCCAACCCCGACAUGUGGUGCAAUAGCCGCGUCAAGUUCGGCGCCUUCUACGACUACCUCGACCGCACAUACGGCGCCGCAUUUGACCGCGUCGCAUCAGGCCACUAUGCGCGCGUCGAGCGCGUGCCGCGGCGUUCCUCUCCUGCAGAGGUGCGGCUGUUGCUCACUCCGGACGCGGUCAAAGACCAGACCUACUUCCUGGCCAACCUCAGUCCGCGGCAGCUGUCGCGUGUUAUGUUUCCCCUGGGCUGCUUGACCAAGUCACAGGUCCGGAAGCUAGCGGCAGCUGCGGACCUGGCCAACAAGAACCGCAAAGACAGUCAGGGCAUAUGCUUCCUGGGCAAGGUUAAAUUCCACGAGUUUGUUCGCGAGCAUCUGGGCGAGUGGCCGGGGCCCAUUCUGGAGGCUGAGACGGGGCAGCCGCUCGGGUUGCACCAGGGUUACUGGUUCUACACGGUGGGGCAGCGGGGAGGCAUUAAGCUGCCGGGGGGCCCCUGGUACGUAGUGGCCAAGGACACGCUGCGCAAUGCCGUACUGGUGUCACGGCAGUACUACGACGCAGACAAGCAGCGCAACACCUUCACGUGUGGACCGUUCAACUGGCUGGACGCCGCCACGCGACCUGAUCCUGACCCACGGGCCGGUCCGUUGUUUGUCAAGGUUCGACACGGGCCCAGCAUGUACUGCUGCGAGCUGCGUCUGCACGACGCCCGUGGUGAUGGCUCGUACGGCAAUGACUCGUACGGCACUGUGGUUCUGGCGCAAAAUGACCAGGGCCUGGCUGCGGGCCAGUACGCGGUGUUCUACCAGGAUGGUCGGUGUCUGGGCUGUGCGGUCAUUCAGGAGACGGUGGAUGUGGGGGGGGCGGGGCGCAGAGAGAAAACAGGAGCGCCGGCGGCGGUUAGUAGCAAAGCUUGA